GUUUAACUGGCUGAUUUUGGUGGAGUUCCUCUCCUUUUCGCCGACCCCAUCAGUAAACGACAUUAAAAAGCAUCGUUUACCAGUGGAGAAGCCUUCUUCAUCAGUAGACACAAAAAUAACCUUUAUCAGAGGUGGACUGAGUUACGUUCAGCAGAGUGCUGAAAAAGAAAGUUUAUCAGAUGGACAAAACUUUUAGCUAUCCUUUAGUUUUCUAACGGAUAACAGAUUAUCGUUAGUGUAUUUUUCCCAAAGACGGUCACACUAUUGACUUUAGCACAAGCAGAAAGCACAGUACCACCUGCUGCAUCGUUGCGUCACUCCAGCAGUUCGUUGUUGUUUCGCUUUGUUGCAUUUCAAUUACGACAUGACGACAUGAAAUUUAUUGCGGCGUCCUUUUUUUCUUUACAGCCUUUAAUGCGAAGCAGCAAAGAAAAAAAAGCCAAAGAGAAAAGAAGUCACUACAGCGUUAUAGACUGAGCAAAACGCAUUAAGCGACAACUUAUGGAAAAUAUUAUAAAAUGUUCGUAUCCAAAGAUGACCGGUCAAAAUGACCGGCCAGACGAGAGUUUGACCGGUCAAGUCCACGAUCAGGCCCGACAUUGUCCGUUGACCGGCCGUUAUUUUGAGCCCUGCUACAGGUUUUGAUGUACUUCCGACCCAAUAUCAUGGGGGGUCGGAUCAAACGUUUGAAAUGUUUGCAUUUUUGUCUUUUUAUCAUCUUUUUGACGUUGAGUUUCAUCACGCUUGUCUUGAUUAACAUUCGAAGUUCAAAUGGUACAACUUUAUCAGAUCAAGACUGGUCUCCUUGGAAUCAGAUAGCUACCGUGAUAAAAACGGGUGAUUUUAUUGCUGCUACACGAAUAAAUACUGAACAAGCUUCAACGGAGGUUACCGCUUGCGUUGUAGACCCUGCUUUGAUUGAGUGCGAUGGUAAUGGAUUCUCUGCAUUACUUUUGUAUACGCUGGAUCAUAUCUUCACAUGCCAAGCCUUAGGAAGCGACACGCCUAUCGUAUAUUGGCGGAAUUGCAAUUCAGGAUGCUCAAAAGACCCAAGUGUGAACUCUUGGAAAUGGUACUUUGAGCCAAUAAAUCAAGGUCUUGAAUUUAAAGCGAAAAAAAUAAUAUGUCCGCUUGGUGGGUACUUUGAGUUACCUGUACUUCGACCAGACAUAUGGCCAGUUUUAGACAGUAGCUUUAGAGACCGCUCAAAUGUUGUUGGUUAUCAAAACAGCACUAUCAUAACUCCAAAGGAAAGGAGAAGAGUAAACUGGUGGUUAAAUCGGUUUGUUAGACCCAAUGCUAGAAUCAAGCAAAAGGUCAACAGUUUCUUCAGUAGGUAUCUAGCGGGAAACACUCUCUUAGGAGUGCAAGUACGAGCUACCGACCACUGGCUGGAGAGACGCGAGGGAAAAUUACCUACAAUAUCAGACUGGAUAAAUAAAGCAGCUUCAAUUUUCGAAAAACUUUCAGAGCCCCGGAAAAUAUACAUUGCUAGUGACAAUACAGAGGUCAUCGAUCAUUUUGUAAGGUUUUUUGGACAAAAGAAGGUAAGAUGACUGUAAGAUUAAUGUUUCUGAUCAUUCGUUCUUUACAUGUAAGAAACACUCGUUCAAGUAACUAGUGUGCACCUCCAAAAAUAUUUCAGUAGUUAUCUAUUUACCUUUAAAGUUUUAACUUAAGGUCUCGGUAAAGGAAAACGAGGUGCCCACAGAAAAAAAUUCUAGUCGCGCGAGUAUUUUCGCUACAAAGGCAAGUUAUAUAUCAAAUUAAAGCUAAAAGACUAAAUUACUUUAUAAAAGAUUUUAUUUCAUGGAAUUUCAAAAGGCGCUUAAGUUUUCUGCUCUCGAACUCUGAGGUAUCGAGUUUACUGCUGAAGCUCCAGCCCUUUCGCGUUGUUAAAUAUUCACUUCCUUUUUAUUGCAUCUGAUUGACAGAUAAAAGACCUGAAAAAGAGUGUGAGGAAAUUUGCAUAUGUCUCGUAUUAGGGGAAUUAUUGCAUUUCAAACUAAAGAGUCGAAUCUCGAGCGCGAUUUACGCAAAGAAACUGAAAUAAAAUUAGUUACACAGGGAAAUCGGAAAAUUCCUCACACCCUUUCUGAGUCUAUAUCAUUAUCCAACAUAUCUGAAAGUUUCAAAGCGAUAGCUUAAAACCUGUCCCGACUGGAGGUCGGAGAAUUUUGACUUUUGCGUCUAAAAUAGAGUGAGAGAAAAUCAGCUCUAAAGAUUUAGCGCGAGGUCCACGCUUGGCUGGUUAGCUCAGAAAAGGCUCAUUUUAGAAGGGUUAAAAAGCACUUUCUGAUUUUCUUUUUCUGCCAAAAUAAAAUUUAGGACCCACCCAUGCCAAAAAUUCCAAAAAACGAAAAUCGAGCAAUGUACUAAAACUUUCAUUUACCGAGACCUUAACAAUAGAAGACAACUGUUUUAACGAUGUUCAAAAAUGAGCAGCUGCAGUAUUACUAGCUGGGUUAAUCAUUUCGUUUCCAGUUUUUCUCAUUAGUGAUGGGCACUUUUGUUUUAUCAAUUGUAACUGAGUGAUCUUCAUGGAUACAGGCAGUAAAAUUCAAGGUGUUAAAAUGAUGGGAAAAAAGGACAAGUGAAAGCAGUGGACAAAUAUAUUUUCCUUAGCUUUCACCGCUCGUAAAUUUUUUCUGUCGAUCUUUGAAUUUCCGUAUACUCCCUAUUUCAUAUAGAUCAGACUCAGCUACCCUAUUAAUCCUUUCGAGUUAAAACUUACUCAUUUUAAAUAACACGGUAUAGUGCGGUACCAUUGCCCCUCUUUCUCGGGUUACCUUUUUCAUUGUUUUAUCCAAAAGCGAUAAUAAUAAGACAGAAGCCAGUAGUUUUGAGGUUCUUUAACACUUUCCAUCAAUUACAUUAACAGCCACAAUAGCAUUUCAAGACGUCUUUCACGGUAGCCAUGCCAAGAAAAUUAAUCAUUCUCUUUCGCUGUAAAAAGGUUUUAUUCAUCGAGGCCACAAGAGCCAAAAGUUACCAUGGUGAACCUCCACACUUCCUCCAGGUCCAGCACAACCCAGAUCAAUUUCACAAGGCUCUCGGCACGCAGGUGCUUAUGGAUAUUUUACUCUUGGCAAAAUGUGAUCAUUUCUUACACAUUGAAUCCAGUGUGGCAGCCCUGGCAAGUUACUUUAACCCUGUCAUGAAAAGUCACUUUCUGGAUGAUACGCCCGAAAAGGUAGGGCCUUUUCAGGUCUGUGACGUAUGUUUAUUUCAGGAUUCGUACAGAGUUUUGAACUCUUGAAAAAGUCUUGAAAUUCGCCCAGCAAUUUUUCGGACCUGAAAAGUCUGGAAAAUGGAGAUUAAGUUUGGAGAAAUGGUAAAACGUAUUGAGUUUUUUCAAAGAUACAACAAGUGCUUUAGAGGUAAUAUGUUUUCUUUUUGGUCAAAUCCUAUUCAAUCUCGCCCGUUUGUUUGCAGCGCAUCAUGAAAAGAGCUUUGUUUCUGCGGUUUUUAUGGUCUCCAUUGAUCACCUAUUUGAUAACCUUGGGUCUGGAAAAAGAAAUUAUUGUUUUGAUAAAGGCUGGAAAAAGUCUUGAAUUCUGGAUCCUAAAAUCUGUACGAACCCUGUUAUUACCACAUCACUUUUCUUUUCGAAUUUCGAAUUUUCAUUAUCCCUUUGCGUAUCUGCAGUGCAAAUAGUGGAUAUCACCAGGAUACGUAUACUCUAAGGUGCUAUUAGACAACGCAGCUAUCAACAGCAUUAACAAUGAUGAUUUGUCCCAGUUUUUGAGCUAUUAUCAUGCAUAAUAAGUCAACAUGAAUGGUGCGUUGGUCUUCUGUUAAAUUUCCGUAUGCACUGCAGGGUCUCACACACGUACUUUUAGGUUGUGCCUAUAUAUUGUCUAGUGCUUUUGCAAACGUAAUCUAAAUAAAUGCUUUGAUUGUUCUUCAGCCUCAAGACUCACACUUAAAACCACAAAUGGAAAGAGAAAAUCUAGAUGCCGAAGAGUUUGAAGAAAACCCAGAAGAUGUAAAGGGCAUGAAAAUAUGUUUUGACAAGAACAGCCCGUUUAGUGCUUGUCCAAACAUUGCGAAGGGAAUUUUUAUUAAUAAAACUAUGGCCAAUAAUUUUGUUUCUAAUGCUUAG